AGUGUUGCAGAAAUUCGUAGUUUUUUGGGAUUGGCUGGUUAUUAUCGCCAAUUCGUGGGGGAUUUCUCUAGAAUUGCUCUGCCAAUGACUCGUCUUAUCAGAAAGGACGCCAAGUUUGAGUGGACCCCAGAGUGUGAGAAAAGCUUUUUGACCUUGAAAGAGAAGUUGGUCACUGCUCCUGUACUUGCACUUCCAAUUAAUGGGGAAAGAUUCACUAUAUAUAGUGAUGCCUCUAAAAAGGGUUUGGGAUGUGUCUUGAUGCAAAAAGAUAGGGUUAUUGCAUAUGCUUCUCAGCAAUUGAAGCCUUAUGAAGAAAAUUACCCUACCCAUGAUCUGGAAUUGGCAGCUGUAGUAUUUGCACUCAAGAUCUGGAGGCAUUAUCUGUAUGGUGAGACUUGUGACAUCUUCACUGAUCACAAGAGCCUUAAGUAUAUUUUCACUCAUAAGGAACUCAAUAUGAGGCAGAGGCGAUGGCUUGAACUUUUAAAGGACUACGACUUGACCAUUAGCUACCAUCCGGGCAAGGUUAACAAGGUAGCAGAUGCGUUGAGUAGGAAGUCCUCUGGCACUGCCUCUAGCAUCCUUGCCACUCAGAAGGAGUUACUAGAGGAUCUUGUGAAACUUUAUGUGGAGUUGAGAGUGGACAGCACUACGGCUUAUCUAGCCACCCUCAGUGCACAACCGGCAUUAAUAGAUAGAAUUAAACUUGCCCAACAAAAAGAUUCCUUCUUGCAGAAGAUGAAGGAAAAAGUAAGAGCCGGGGAACCCCACAUGCAAGAAUUCAGGAUUUCUGAUGAUGAGAUUCUGUGGUUUGGUGACAGGCUGUGUGUACUCAGGGAUCAUGCCUUAAGGCGUGAGAUUAUGGGAGAUGCCCAUUGUACUAGCUAUACAAUCCACCUAGGGAGCACCAAGAUAAAGUCAAGGCUGAACAUCAGAGACUUCCUGGAAAACUGCAGCCGUUACCUAUUCCUCAGUGGAAGUGGGAAAACAUCACCAUGGACUUUGUGACUGGAUUACCACGAACCUU